AUGGACGGAGCUCCUAGAGGUCGUGGCGCGAGAGGGCGCGGUGCUAGAGGUCGUGGCGGCAGAGUUGGAGGCCGAGCAGGCCGAGGUCGUGGUCGUGGACUUCCGGAGGAGUCGGGAGAGAGUGCGGCACCGAGUGUGCAUACUGCGUCGGUGACCCAGUCAGUUCCGUUGGCGGGUGAUGCCAGUGCGAGUGUUGGUUUGGGAGCGGGGGCUGCUCCGGGUGGGGGUGGCGCUCCGGCUCCGGGUCGUGAUGACUUAGUGGUGGGGUUGCUGACGCAGCUAUUGGCUCGUUUUCCGCCGGUGGUUCCACAGGGGGCUCCAGGAGUACCGCCAGUGGCAGAGGUGCAGCAUGUUGCUGCAGACGUUGCGCAGCCGGAGGCUGUGGGUGCGGGUGUGACCGUUAUUUGGAGUUUAUGGGCCACAUGCAGAGGAUUGGUACGCCUUUCUUCGAGGGCAGAGUUGGUCCAGAGGAGGCAGACGCGUGGCGUCAGAGAGUGGAGCGGAACUUUCAUUCGAUCCGUUGUCCGAUAUGGAGUACUGGGUGGAGUUAGCGGUCCACUAUUUGAGUGGCGAUGCUCAUUUGUGGUGGCAGGCCGCGGUGGGCCGGAGGGCAUUUUGGACUUGGGGCGACUUCCUUGUGGAGUUCAACGCCAAGUAUUUCCCGAGGCAGGCUCGUGA